AGUGUCUCACGAAUCCAUCGAUUCGACUCCUUCGCUGACGAAUUGAGGUCGUCCUGAAAAUUCUGACCACGCUCUCUGCUCCCUACAACAAGAAAUGGCUGGGAGUGAAGAAAACGUACGAAAAAUAGUUUUGGGUGUCGAUGGAAGUGAACACUGUGCACGAGCUCUUGAUUGGUAUGUCACGAACCUUUGUAACAAAGAAACUGACAAGUUAUUUAUAAUCCACGCACAGGAGCCUCCAACCAUUCCUGCUGCUCCUUACCCUUAUGGUUAUGCAUACUAUGAGGAAUGGCAGCAUUUACUUCAGAAAAGUGAUAAACAAGCAAAAGAACUGUUGGAGAUGUUUGGAAAAAAGUGUAACCAGCACAAUCUGAAGUUCAAGUUGUACAAAGAAGAAAGCAACAGACCAGGAGAGGUGAUUUGCAAGCUGGCAAAGGAUGAGUGUGCAGAUAUUGUUCUUAUUGGUUCACGUGGUGUUGGAACUCUGCGUCGCACAUUCCUUGGUAGUGUUAGUGACUACUGUGUGCACCACACCCAUAUUCCUGUAGUGGUUAUUCCACCUCCAAAUCGUCAUGACGACCAUGCUCAUGCACAAUAACUUUAAUUUACUUUUGAAGAGUCUGACUCACAUAAGUGUAUACCACUGAUUGUAGUGAGGGGUAAUCAUUCGUGAUCUCCAAGCAGAAUAGCUGUGAGACAGAUGAUGAUUGGAAAUUUCAGUUCUCAGUAUGCACUGGAAGACUUUUGAAAUAGAAAACUACUUGAUGAUGCUAAAUGAUAUGCGAUAUUGUUCUAUUUCAGAAAUAAGUCUUCUUAGAGAAAUCAAGUUGUAACAUGAAUUAUUCCCUUGAAUUUGAACUGUUGAUUCACUGAUAGUAACUUUCUCAUAUUUCUGUUAACUGAUUUUCAAUCUUCUGUGGAGGACAGAUUAAAAGGAUAGAAAGUUA